AUGCAUAUCCUCUCGCUGCUUCCGGAGCUCACCGUCGUGAUCUUCAGCCAUCUGGUCCGUGUGGACCCUCCUCAAGCGUCACACACCGGAAUGCGGCUGGGAUGGAUCAACGUGACGCAUGUCUGUCGGAACUGGAGAGAGGUGGCUCUCGACUACCCGCUGUUAUGGACGGAGCUAUCAGGCGAACUCGGGCCUCGGUGGCUUGAUGCCUUCUUCCAGCGUAGUCAGGAAUGUCUCGUGACCCUCAACAAGUUCGAUUACUACCAUAACCGAGUGCGCCUUCUCGACAAAUUAUUACCGCCAACCCUGCAUCGUAUCCAAAACCUCACCAUCGAGCAAACCCCAUCUCGAUAUGUUCGCGCUUUGCUCACCUCGAGACCCGCGCCGGAGUUGCGGGAAUUCCACUUCAUAUGCAGGCAUGCUGAGACAGAACCCUUCAUUGCCUAUCUUGAAAUGGACACGUCGACAAGCACCUUGCCUGAGCUCUUCGCGGGUGAUGCACCUCGGUUGCAAAAACUCACUCUGCAUCAUGUUUGCUUUUUUCCUUGGAACUCCUCGGCUAUUGCCGGGCUAACAUCCUUGCGCCUGACCUACGUGAAAUUAUCAGCUUGGGAGACUAGGGAGAUAAUCUCAUCUUUGCAGAGAAUGUGGCGUCUGGAGGAGUUCUAUCUCCACUGCUAUGCCCACGCGGUUACAGGCCUCCCGCCUAGCAUUACGAACGUCGUCGAGCUUGAGAAGCUCAAAUGCUUGUCCAUCGAAGCAGAUCAUACAUUGUUCCACUAUGUCUACCGUCAUAUCCGGCAUCCACGCGCCACUCGUCUACUACUCACGAGUUCGAUGCAAGAUCAAACUCACAGUGGGGAUCAUGGAGUCGAUGGUAUUCUCGCUCUCUUGUUGAGCCACCCUUCACAUCGUUCAAUGGAGGACUACAAAACCAUCGGACUCAACCCAGGCUCAGGCUCCAGAAGCUCCCUGCGUAUACAGUGCUGGGAAGAAGAAUUCCCUCUUACAACGCAGAACCUACCAGACCCGCCCUUCGUGCUCACUAUGGCAGAUCGAUCGACAGCACCGGACGCGCCGUUUGGAGACGUUCGCAAACAGAUCCUCUCCGCCCUCCGUUUUCCGAAUGCGCGUACGCUGUACUUGCAUGCUCGCAACGGCCUUCUCAAUGUCGAACUGACGACGGCUACGGCGCACCUUCCAAGCGUCUCCAUCCUAUCAAUCACGUGCGGGCGCGAUGAAAAUCCAGAGGACGCGCGGAUGACGCUCUUGCCGCUAGGCCAAGUACCUACGCAUACCAGGCCUCUUCUUCCAAACCUCCAGACGCUAGCAUUCCCCCUCGAACAUUACGGGCUCAUGAGCGCUGUUGGUGACAAGUACGACAUGAAGACCACCGGAAACAGCAUGCUCGAAGAUCUCCGCCGCUUCGUCGUCAAUCGUCAAAGGCUUGGAGUCCCUCUACGCGCGCUAUAUCUGCACCCAUCCACGCUUCGCGCCAGUCCGUCCAGCGACCCUUCAUCCGUUCCUUCCGAGCUCGCGGACAUCAUGCCCAUUCACGAGCGAUCCCAGCGAGCUGGCGAUGUAGGGCCCCAAUCAUCUCACAGGCACAUAGACUAUCGUCUUGUCAUGCGCUGGAUUGUUGAGCGCUGUGACAUCCUGCCUCUGCGCGGAACCCGAUAA